AGUAAGCGUUGCACGUUUUGGGGAGCGACGUCACAACAGGAUUUACUCGGUUUGAGAGGCAACAAUAGUGUUAAAGUAGCGAUGUAGACAAUGUUCGGCAUGUGGUUGCGCGCGCGCCACACGAAUAUAAAUCAGGCUAGUGGUGCCGGGGCGCGCGGCGGUGCGGCGGGCGGACCACUGCAGCGACAGCGGCGAGGAGUGUACCGGAGGUGUUCGUGUUUGAGCGCCAGAUCAACCGUGGCCUCCGUCGAUUGUGGACCUGCACCAAGCCGUGCCGCGGAGAAAGGACCGACACUAGUGCCUCUUGCAACAUCACCAGCUCUACCACACAAACAUGAAGAUCCUACCUCUUUUUAUGUUGGUAGCGUGCGUGGCGGUAUCGGCGCGGGCGCAGGACGAGGAGCGAGCGCCGGCGCCUGCUCGGGGCCUGCUCAAGCGCGGCCCACUAUCUAAAGGGAAACAGACCACAACAACCACCACACCAGCACCACAGGACGAUGUUGAAUACGAAGAGGAGGGUGACUACGCUGCUGAGGGCGAGGCUCAGGAACCUUCGACCGAAGCUCCCACAUCCACCACCGAGGGCAAGAAACUAGUGGGCAGCGGCGUCAGGCCUUUCAGGAGCAACACGGAACUGCUGGAAAUCCUCAAGAAGAAGAGGGCCCAAGCUGCCGAAGCUAAAUUGAAUCACCCCACAACCACGACAUCGUCGCCGGCGCAGGACUCUCUUGACCCCACCAAAAUCUCCUACAAUACUAAGAGCAAAAAGCGUUUUAACAAUGCUCCCGUGACACGGGAGGUGACAAACGAAGAGGCACCACCAGCGCCUAAGCCAAGCAGAGGUAGAUUCGGAAGACCGGCAACAAGAUCAGUCCAAGAGCCAGAAGAGGAGCAGGCACAGAGCGAGGUCGCGCCCCCCUCCAGGUCUGGAAGAACGUUCAGGCGAGGCGGCAACUAAUCUCUCUAUAUGUCUCCAUCCCCUAAACCCCCAUCCUUUUUAAAAUAAUAUAUAAUAAACAAGAUUGAACAGCUCCGCACUUAGCCCAGAAAACAGCUAGACGAUGAUUUGGUCCCUCUGGUACUGUUUAAUAAUUUGGAAGGUUUAAUUUAGAAAUUCUCUUCAUUAUUACAAUAUUCUGGACAUUUGUUUCCAAUCUGUUUUCUAGGCUAGGACCGGCGGCCGCCUCAUGCUAGAAGAUCCGUUUCGAAUCCAAAUUCAUCACAUUAGAUGGAUUAGAAUAUUUUUUAUACUUGUGUAAAUUAUACGUGUAAGUAAUUUUUAAAUAAAAUAAUUUUAAAUUUAAA